AUGUACAUCACGAAGAGCGAUCUCUCUGCACAAGAGAUCGAUCUCGUCGAGAAGAGUGCCACGCUCUGGACUGAGACGAAUCGACCGCAGAUUCUUCUACUGUGUGGUCUCCUUGGUGAUGGAAUGCUCCUAUUCGUCCUGAUCACUGUUCCUUUCCGAGCGAAAGAUACCCCGGCUUUGCGUAGUGAGUUCUCUCAUCCUAACGUUGUCAUUGCAUUGGCCUUGCUGAGCUACUACUAUCGAGGAUUUAACAAUAAUGAGCUUUUUGCUGCUUUUGUACACCUGAUAAAAUCAGACCAAGCCGAAAUCACGUAUCAGGAAUGGGUAGGAGACUUUAAUGGCCUGGCCGAGUCUUUCACCACCCUGAAAGGCGUUAACAUGAAAGACCGGCCACAAUGCAUUGCCAAACUGUUUCCUUCCUUUCGGCACGGUAAGAGCGUCGUGGAUUAUUAUGUUUCUUACCUCGUUUUCCCUAAGGAGAUGAAGGAAUUUCCGCACAAGCUGUCGGCUUCUGGAUGGGACAUCGGCCAGGUACGAGAGCGGCUGACCACUGGCUUCUCCGGUACAGUCGACUCGCGCCAUUUGCUCCCCUUAGAAGUGGCAUACCUCGAGCUGCAGGAGCAAAAGCAUACAAAAUUCGCUGCUUGGUUAAAGUUGCAUGAGGACUCCAAGCAGGCUGUCGUAUUCAUCGAUAGUAAUGACGAGAUUUGUGUCGUGGAUCGUUCAGACCGUGUGGACCUUCUUCGAGGAUCGUCAUUUCAGUCUCGCCUCGACGCCUGCCUUGUGUUCUUAGAUGAGGCUCACACUCGUGGGAUAGAUCUUGUCCUUCCGCUUGAGAGCCGAGCGGCUGUUACGCUGGGUCUGAGGUUGACAAGAGACCGCCUCGUUCAAGCGUGUAUGCGAAUGCGAAAGCUGGGCAAGGGUCAGACAGUAGUAUUCUGCGUAUCUGAAGAGAGACAGACAAAGGACCUCGAAGCAGCUCGAAAGACAGAUGCCUCGACCAUCACAGUCGCUGACAUCCUGGAGUGGUCGAUGCAUGAGACCCUCGAUGACGUCCGCCGCAACAUGCCGCUGUGGGCAGUCCAAGGAGAGCGAUUUGUGCGACAGGGAAAGAUUUGGAAUGCCGCGAACAACCAAGACGACCAGUCACGAUUGACCAAAGAGGGCGCUGAGAAGCUGCUGGAAACCGAAGCCCAGUCGCUUGACCAUCGAUAUCGGCCUUGUCCCGACCCAACCGGACCCAAGAUCUUCGCUAUGUCUGACGAACCUGUUGUCCAACAAAUCGCAGCUCAUUGUGAACAGUUUGAAAUUACGCAAUUCAAAUUGAGCGCGCUUCAAGAAGAACAGGAGCGAGAACUGUCGCCUGAGCUGUAA